AUCACUCUACGAAGGUACAUUUAAACAGAACUGUGUGGAGGAGAGAGACGAACGAAACGAGCGAGGAGGAGACACGCACGUACACGCACUUCAGGCACAACCACAACAUCAACAACACCUGAUACUCGCUCAUCAGGGAUCAAUCACACGAAUCCGGGCUUCUGCUUUUGUAAUUUUGGAGCUUUGUUGGUGAGAUUUUGGAGAUGUCUAACGUCCAGUUAUCGAGCAUCGCGCUGGAGAGGCUGGUGGCCAGGAGGACCUUCCCUCUCCACAGACGCACAAGCGUCUGCCGCAAUCUCUUUGGACCGGUGGAUCAUGACGAACUGAGCCGGGAGAUGAAAUCCAAGCUGCGGGAGAUUUCCGAGCGGGACCAGCAGAGAUGGAACUUUAAUUUCGAAGCCAACACCCCGCUGGUUGGGGAUUACGAAUGGGAAGAGGUGACCGUGGAUAAGACCCCGGUGUUUUAUCAGGACUCUGUACAGAACGACAGGACCAGGAUGCCGGCGACUCCCGUCAAGCAGACCCCCACCUCGGACUCUGUUCUCCCUGAGACCCCUAGUAUGGAUGUACUGGAGCGCUUGGUCUUACCCGAGACCAGCAGCACUCCCUCCACGGUGGAGGUCAACCAGGAGAACCGCACAGACAAGCUCAACUCAGGGAAGCAGGCUCACAGACAGGUCCCGUGUGUUAGACGCAAGAGGACGGACACUACUGACAACAACACGCACAUCACAGACUUCUUCGUGAAACGAAAGAGGGCUGCUGAUAGAAAAACGAAUGAAAUGAGCGCUUGCCAUCACUCCAAGUCUCCAAUCCCGGUGGAACAAACUCCACGAAAGAGGAUUCGUUGAAGGUGUUUUCUUUUGCACUAUAUGCCUGCGCAUUUGUUUUUUUCUUGAUGAUGAUGAGGAGGAUCGAGUGGAGGAUGUUUCUUUCUUCACGCAACUUAAAAAAACGCCGGAGAUGAGAAAGUGGACGAUGUGUCCAAAAAAAAAAGAAGCCCGAUCGACCUCGGCUGCCUUCGGCUCUGGUGCGCACACGGCGGAGCGCAGCCUGAACACCGGACCAGACUCUCAGGACUGAACGGUUUGGGAAGGGAAGGGAAAGGGAGAGUGGAUAAAACAGGGCAAAUUCUCGCCGAAUGACUUCUAUCCAGUACAAAUGUAGCAUUCAUUGUUGCUUUUGCAUACAGCCACUCGACAGUGUUAAAUGUUUUAACAUCUGUGCAAUCCUAAAUUACUUUAAAAAAAAGAAUUGUCUACACUGGCCAAAAGUGUACAGCUUUAUAGAGACAAUAGCUUAUAAAUGUUCUGUUUUUUUUCUGUAAAUGUAUAUUUUUUAAGACUAUUCUAACUUAUAAUUUAUUUAUGUUUCUUUAUAUUUGUUAAAUGCCUUGUUGAUUUAGCCAAAGGGCAUAUUUUUAUUUUAUUUUAUUAUUAUUUCCAUUUUUUUUUUUUGUAUUGUGAUGUUUUGCAAUCAUGUAGCUCCCCCCUCUCCCUCAUAGUAGUUCACACUUGAAAAUAGUUUUCUUUGUGUUUCUGAGCCGUUAUUUUAUUUUUUAUUUUUUUGUGUAUGUGUGUUUUCAUACAAGUGCCCUAAUUAUUGUCUUGCAAAAGAUGAGAAUAAAAUAUUUUUCACUUCAA